AUGGCCGACGACCGGCGUGACAGCUCCGAGAAAUCGCCCUCGGGGCGGGAAAGCCUCAACUCGAACUCGAACCCGAGCCCGACCCAAACACCAAACCAGCCACAGAAACAGACACAAGACGCCCGGCCGCCACCAAAGAAGCGCAGACGAGUUGUGAUAUCUUGCACGGAAUGCCAUCGUCGGAAGCAGAAGUGCGACCGAGACCUGCCAUGCGCCAACUGCAAGUCGCGCAACAAACAAGAUGCUUGCAAAUACGAGACGGGCGCCCCCACGGCCAAGGAACAUCGCAAGGCCGAGGCUGAAGGCGCAAAGUCAACCCAGGUCCAGAGCCUCUCCAACGCCGCCGCAAACUGGGGCUACUCCCACGCCGGUGCUUCUACGCUCGGGCUGAUGAGGAAGAUUGAGAGUGCAAACGGCGACGGGGCGCUGUCGCAACUCGGCGGCUCAGCGCACAUCGAGGACCAGUUCGCGACGAAGGAGCGGUACAAGUCUCUGAUCAGACAGCUGCCCGCCAAGGGCUACAUCGAGAAACUCAUUGAUGUGUAUUUCCGCGAGUUCAACCAUCAGUACUACGCCCUCGAGGAGGACCUGUUUAAGGAGCAGUUUGCCGAGUGGAACAACAUACCCUUCAAUGUGCUCUCCAACUCUGGGCCGCAGGGUCUCUCGCCUGAUCUGAGGGUGUUUCCCGCUUUGCUCUUCCAGGUUCUGGCGACGGCCUUGCUGAUCCUACCGGAAGGGUCCCACGAGUUCUAUGAGCAUCUUAAGUAUGCGGGCAACAUGACCUUUGAGGAUCUCGCGGCGGACUAUAGCGAGUCCGGCGUCGGCAUUUUGUCCCUGUUGGGCAAACGACAGAUCACUCUCACAACGGUCCAGGCCGAUUUUCUUCGGGCGGCGUUCCUCAAGUACAUGGCUAAAGUCACGGAAUCGUGGCAUGCCAUUGGCAGCGCCAUUCGAGAUGCGCAAGAGAUUGGCAUGCACCGGGAUAGCCUGGAUCCCUCCCCGAACAGUGAUGAUACCGGUGACAUACUCGAGAACAUGUGGCUGAUUCAGCGACGAAGAAAGUUGUACAUGGUUCUCAUGACAUGGUGA